CACUACUCCUGAGCCUCGCUCCAGCGCUCCCUAAUCGCCGCCGGGCAAGAUGGAAAAACAGUUUAGGCGCGCCACAUCACAGAAAAUGACCGCCGCCGCCGCUCAAGCGUUCCCUCACCAUUGAAGCUUCACCAUGGCCGCCACAUCCGUCAAGGUCGCGCGCCUCACCACCCUCGCGCUCUUCUCUCCGUCUCCAACCCCCUCCGGUCCGAAGUCCACCAAGCGCAGAGCUAGGGCCCCACCACCCAUCUCCAUCUCCAUGGAUCCGGCCCUCGUGGACCCAGCCCACCUCCAGGCCCUUAUGCUCGCCUGCGCCCACAACUGCGCGCUCCGCCUCUCGCCGGCGCUAUCAGUUUCCGCUGUCGAGCCGGUCGACCUCAGCAAGCUACGGACUGCACUUGCGCACAGCUUCAUCGUCGUAUCUGUCUUCUGCGGCGCUAGGUUCUUGACAGACGACAGGGAAGGGGAGGGGGAGGGACAGAGAUUCUUGGGCUUGGAGCUCGGGCUCGAGCGUCAGGGGGAGCGGCGGCUUGUCGGGUUUGGGCGCGCCGUCUCCGACCUCGGGCUCACCGCAUCCGUCCAUGACAUCGUGGUACAUCCAUCACUACAGAGGAGAGGAAUUGGCCGAAAGAUAGUGAACAAAAUUACAAGGGUACUUCAUAGCAGAGGUAUAUAUGACAUCUCUGCAUUAUGUACAGAAAAGGAGAGGCCCUUUUUUGAAGCUUGUGGAUUUGGUGAUGAUAUGAUGGGUUCAACAACAAUGUUGUAUACUAGAAAAUCACACAAAUAGUUCAUUAAAAAAUUGUCAAUUGGCAUAAUGCCCUUGGUUGACAUGAUAACUUAUCUGUUGGUCUUCAUUGCUGAUAUUUGUAAGCAUUACUGCCAGAAAAGGGAGUUAUGAGAUGCAGAAGUUAUCUCAAUGUGCACACCUAUUGGGACAAAUAACCACAAGAAUUUGGAGAGGCCGUUUUAUGCCAUGUUAAUAUGUGUGCAAAAUAGCAUUACCCAGUGUUUUUCAGCUACCACAAACUGCGAAACUUACUGUGAUUUAGAGAGAGAUAUGUAUAUAUGAAAUGAAUGGUUCUAUAGAUAUUGUGCCUCUUUUCACAAUUUUUUAGUACAUGUUA